AUAGUUCAAGUUUCCUAGCGAAUGGCAGCUCGAGAAUUGUGUGUACGAAGUUGCUAAGGUGACAAAAAUUAUAAUAAUAAUCCAUUUUUAUAUAUGGCAGUUGUAGUACAAACUACGUGUGCAAAAGUGCAUUAGCGCCCAUCGUCAUUAUCGUGGUGUAAUUACUGCAAUGGUGUGAAAAGCGAAGACUUCAUCUGCGAUGGCGAUAAUCCAGGUUAUCGCAUAAAAUAGAAACAAUUCAAAAACAGGACCACCAACGAUGGGAUGCGGGGCGUCAAACAACUUUGACUUCAAAUAUGAUGUUUCCCAGCAGUGGGAGAGUGCCCGCAAAACCAUCGACAUUAAGCGACAUCGUAACAAACCAGUCAUUAAGCGGUCAGGAUGGAAAACUGUCCGAAUCUUUGUUUCGUCAACAUUCCGUGAUUUCCACGCAGAGAGAGAAGUUCUGGUUAAGGAGGUAUUUCCUGAUUUGAGGCAAUGGUGUGAAAAGCGAAGACUUCAUCUCGUUGAGUGUGAUCUGCGAUGGGGUGUCCCAAAAGACACAACCUCAGAAGAAACGCUCCGCACAUGCCUUGGUGAAAUUGACAGGUGUUACCAAGACAACAUCAUGCCUUUUUUUCUGAACAUGACAUGUGCUCGUUGUGGUUGGAUACCGAAUGACAGUGAAGUGCCUCAAAGUGUAAAAUCUGAAUACAGGUGGAUCCAUGGAUUAUCCGUAACAGAAAUGGAGAUUAUCCAUGGUGCAUACAGGAAGGAUAAUCCUAAUUCUCUGUUUGCAAUUCGAGACACAAACUUCCUAGACUCACUUCCUAAUCAAUACAAAGAUGACUUCUUAGACUCCAAUCCAGUCGCUGAGCAUAAGCUGAAAGUUCUGAAAGAUGUCCUAUCAAACAGAUUCCAGGCUGACCAUGUGUUUACUUACAACUGCAGCUAUGGUGGAGUCGAUGCUGACACUGGCAAAGUUAGUCUUGAUGGUCUCCAUGGCGAAUUCACAAACAAGAUGUCAAAUCCGAAGCCAUGUCUUAAAGAUUUCUCCCAUGUGGUCUUCAAAUUUUUUCAAGAGAGGAUCGCAGAACAGUAUCCAUUGUUCGAAGGUAAACUAGAUGUGUUCGAGCAAGAGAAGGAGGCUCACGAAUCGUUCAUGAAGAGCAGAUGCACUGUUGUCCUCGGUAGAAAUGAGAUUUUAGAUAAAAUUGCAAACUAUGUGACAGACUUGGGCACUGGCAUGCCAUUGAUCUUAACCGGUGGACCAGGCUCCGGCAAGUCAUCCAUAAUGGCCAAAGCAGCUGAUGUCGCCUCACAUAAGGCCAGUAGUGGAGAAAUUCCAGGAGGAGGUGAUAUUGGUUGGCAUGUCUUCUACCAUUUUGUCGGUGCCAUUCCAGGAUCUACGGAUCAAGAGAUGAUUUUGAAGCGACUCCUUAAGGAAUUGAAGAUUUGUAAUGAUUCCAAUAUGCCCAAGGACUAUGAGGGCGCAGCUCUGCUUGUUGCUGGGGUAUUGUCCAAUCCCAACUCUAAGCCUGUUAUAAUGUUUGUUGAUGCCCUCAAUCAGGUUGAUGAAGAGAAAGGUCAUGGAGCGCUAAGUUGGUUACCACGGGAACUUGCUCCACAAGUUCGCUGCAUCUUCUCAAUGAUAAAUGACACACCACCACAUGUAACGCUGUUAGCACGACCUCACGGACCAUUAGAAGUUCCAGUUACACCGCUAGAUGUACCAUCCAGAAAGGAAAUUGUUUUAGAGAUUUUAAGCAACUAUCACAAGAAACUUGACCUCGAGCAGAUGACCUGUCUUCUAUCUAAGGAAUCGUCAAAGAACCCACUUUGGUUAGCGAUUGCAUGCGAGGAGCUACGUGUCUUUGGUGACUUUAGCCGAGUCACAGAAAAGAUCAAGUCACUUGCAGAUGAUUUACUUGAUUUACUGGGACAAGUGCUUACACGAUUUGAACAAGAGAAUGGUGGAACUCUGAUGAUAGCGACCCUCUGCCUUCUGGAAACUUCUUCACAUGGACUUCUGGAAACAGAACUUUUAUCAGUACUUGGAGGAGAUGUAUCACUACUCACUCCAUCUGAGGAGAACUUUACCAAAUUGAAAAAAGAAGCAGACAGUGAUGAUCAACCAAUUAGAAGCCAGCCACUAUCUGCUGCUAAGUGGGCCGCUGUGUACCGUGCAUUACGUACCUUCCUUAGACCAUUUGGGGACAGCGGUGAGGGCAGGCUUGACUUCUACCAUCGCUCACUCAGUAAGGCUGUGAGGAAAAAAUAUUUUCACGCACAAGAUGGAUCUGAAAGAGAGGAUGUGUAUGCAUUUUGGCAUAUGGUGCUCGCAAACUUUUUUGAGAAUGAGCAGAAUGUUGACCGCAAAGUAGAGGAGUACCCUUACCACCUGGUCAAAGUAAAUGAUACGGAUCGCUUGGCUAAGUGUUUGACUGAAUGGCCUGUCUUUGACCAUUUGUUCAAUGAAUAUUACAGUUCCCAACUUCUGUUAUACUGGCGUAAGGUUGGUGGCUACCAAUGUAUGGAAGGCCACUAUAGGAAAAUUCUGGAAGCAAUUGACAAAGAGACGUUUGGACUUGAAGAAUAUUGUAUACGAUAUGAAAACAUUGCAAAACUUUUGGUACAAGCUGGUGAGUACACUGUAGCCAAGGGUUACAUCGAUAUCGCCCUCAACAUCGAAGAAGAGCAGCUUGGUGGAAGACCAGAACGAUUGGUGGAGCUGUUUGCCCUUUAUGGUGAACUCUAUGAUGAGAUUUCUAAGUUACAUGAAUAUAUUAAUAAAGAAAACAUUAAGGAUUUGAAGCCAUGCAUUGAGUACUUUAGGAAGUCAGUGCAAAUCAGGGAAACGUUAACCGGAGACUAUCACAAGUACAAGAUGGGAAUUUCUCUCAUGUCAUUAUCGUUUACUCUAAACACCUUUUAUGAAUGUGAAGGUGACGACACACUGGAUGCAGACAGCGCCCAAGAAGAGGCAUUGAAACACAUUGAGAAAGCACUGACAAUAUUUGAAGAGCUUGGAGAUCUUGGGAAGGUGGCAGAAGCUACCAUGACAAAAGCUAUUAUGUUUGACCGAGGAUCAGAUGAACAAUUGGAAUGGUACAAAAAAGCGUAUGAACAGUGUGAGCAAGCAUACGGAAGCAACUGCAAGCUGAUGGUCAGGCUGAUAAGCAACAUAGGUAUAUUCUAUGAAGAUAUAGAAGAUUACGAGACUGCCUACGAAUAUUAUGUCAAGUGGUACAAUAAAGCUAUAGAGGUGUUUGGAGAAAAUCACCCUAAAACUGCUACCGCACGAAAUUCUCUGGAUGAACCAGUGUACCUACAGAUAAAAGCAGCUAUUGAAGCUGGCAAUUAAGCACAAAGAGGAGAUAGCAAAAAAAUGCAGACAACACAAAAUUGAACUCUAGGAGUAGUGCCCUCACAUGGUGAUGUCAUAAUCUAUGUUUUUAUCUCAACAUCAAGGACAGAAAAGGGACCUUUCUGCUAAACUCCAUCCCUUGAAUACGGUUACUGGGGCUCCACGGCAGUGUUAUGUUUGCAUUGUUUAUGUUAUGUUUAUGUUAGCAAUCAUUAUAUAAAGCUGCCUUGAAAUGUCUAAAAAUAUGAUAUGUAUUUUCUUCCUAAUUAAAUAAAUUUAAAGCAUUUAACCAUUCCAUUACUACACUGUAUAUUUACAUUCACUAAUAAAAUUUAAUUUUCUCUUUUAUCUGAAUGUUUUUUGACAAAACCAAAAUUUUAUUUAAAUUUUUUUUUUCUGCCCUCCUCUGAUAAAAAAUUCGCAAAACAAUAUACUGUAAUAAAAUCUCACUUAAUGUGUGGCUGUUAUUUCUGGCAUUUUUUUUCAAUUACUAUGUUACUAAUUACUAUAUUACUAUUUUUUUUUCAAUUGCAGUACUAUAUAAUUAUAGAUGUUUGAAAGGCCAAUUUUUCAACCUUUAAUUGCUUUUAUAACGUAACUAUGGAUUUUAGCCCAGCGGUUAAUUUCACAUUCUAGAGUGCAAAGGUGAGUUAUUAUUGGCCAUGAACCCUUGAGCGAUGCAAUGGGGGUGGGGGCCAAUCCUGGGCUGUCCAUUUAUGAUUUACAGAUUUAUGUGCAUGAGUAAUGCAGUAAUUUUUCCUCAUUGCCAAUACAAAAUGUUGUUUGAAUGAGGUAAAAGAAUUUAGGCAUCUCUGCAUUUUUUUUCUUACAACCAGAACAGGGAAAAAUGCAUUAAAGUAGCAUUUAUAGCUGUUGGUUUUACUUCCUCUAAGUCCUAUUUCUUAGAUAUUGUGGCGCACGAUGAUCCUAAAAAUGACAGAUAAGUGUAAACCAUGUUUCUGGGACAUGUGCAUAUUCCUGGCUAUGUGUAAAUUGGUCAGUUGUCUGAGGAAAGUUCAUUCGCUAGGAUGAAUGUAAGCUUACGGGUUCUUAAUCAUAGCAGAAAUAUCCAGCGGCGAAUCUAGGGGUGCGUUGGAAUGCACCCCUCCAACAUAAGGUUCUCCCCACCCCCUCACUCACUCGCUUCCCCACCCUUUUUUAAAAGCAAGGAAGUUACACUAAGUAUUUGAAAAUUACUUUAUUUUGCCAUAAUUGCGCCACUCAAUUUGUCAUCGAGUCUGAUCACUCACAUUCCCCCCUCCCCCACCAAUACCCCUAAAUACGCCACUGAAGGUACCUCUAUGAUUAUAUUACAAAAUAUCCUGUUGGGUAAUUUUAAUCUCUUGUAUUUAUUUUUGUAUAGUUAUAUUCUUUAUUAAAUAUGAAGCGUUUAGGUUGAAACAUUAUUGUAGUGCAAUUUAAUGUACAAAGCAGAUUAAACAUUUGUUAAUCACGAGACUAUCCGUCCAUUUUAAAUAUCAGUGAGACUUGUACAUAGUGUAUAGUCAGUGUAGUAUAACCUCCAUGAUAUAACUCAGUGUUAUUGUAUAAUUUAAUAUUAUAUAGUAUUUCAAAAGUACCAUGUCCCCAAGAUAAUUUUUUUUUUAUUUUCGUAAUUUUUAGGAAAAACAAAUUUCUUAAUGGAAGUUAAUUUUGCAAAUUGCAUAAUCCAAAAUAAUUUUUAUCAUACAAUAUCAUCCAGUGCAAGUAUAUGAAUAUAUUUUCUUAUUUUUGUUAUGUGUUUUAUUAUAUUUAUUCUUAAUACAAAUGUUUUUUAUUUUUUUUUUAUUUACAUCAUUUUAGUAUAUUGGUGUAAUACCAUCCAAUCAAUUGUGUGUACACGUACAUAGACAAUUCAAGUGAUUUGUUCAACCUGUUUGGUAAUGUAUUUAAUAUUCUGUGUACACGUCGUAGCAAAUAGACUGGAUUUUAUCUUAGUCAUCAAUGUACGAUAGCAAAAUAAAUGCAUGACUAGAUCGGA